CGUGAGGUGUUAUAAAUAAGUCGUAUUCUUAUCGAAAUGUAAAUGCACUUAUUUCAUUUCUUCCUCGUUUGGAAGCCAAGAUCUCGAACUCGUAUAGGUCAGUCCAAUUCUAUCUCUGGACCAUAAUAUGCACCUUACAAUCUGCACAUUUUGAGAAAAAAAUGUCUUGCGCCAAGGAUCCAGAGAUUCCCGAUAACAGGAAAAUGAUUGUUUGGCCACAAUGGCUGACCGCUUUUGCAAUGACUCUAGUAACCAUCGUUACUGGUCUGGCCAACGGUUGGGCUUCCCCGUAUUUAGCACAAUUAACAUCAGCGGAAGCAGAUAUUCCCUUGAAACUAACCGAUAUCGAGGCAUCUUGGGUGGCAUCUCUUUUAAGUCUUGGACGUGUAAUUGGGGCAUUUAUUGGCGCAUUUUUCCAAGAGUACACCGGGCUAAAGAAGGUGCUGCUAUUAUCGAGUUUGCCGUUACUCUCUAGUUGGAUUCUCAACAUUUGCGCCACAUCGGUCAUGUGGCUGUACCUUUCCAGAUUCUGCUCCGGAGUCGGAUCGGGCAUUAUGUGGCCCGCGAUAUCUUUGUAUCUCGGCGAGAUUGCCAAUCCAGCUAUCCGAGGCUCUCUGAUAUCCUUGAAUGUGAAUGCAGCGUCGUUGGGUAUGUUCUUGGGCAAUACGAUGGGCCCUUACCUGUCCAUGGAGAUGUUCAGUUAUGUGAGCCUCGUACCAAAUAUCCUCUUCAUGGUCCUCUUCAGCCUAAUACCUGAGUCACCCUAUCAUUAUGCUCUUCACAGCAAUAUCGACGAAGCUGAGGCAUCUCUUAAGUGGUUCCGACGAGAGGCUGAUGUUAAGGCCGAAAUACAGGAGCUUCAGGACUUCGUUGACGGCGCCAACACUAGUAUUUUAACAAAAUUCAAAGACUUCCUGUUACCAGCAAACUUGAAGAACUUUUUUAUCAUGUUCGGCUUGCAAGUCUUCGUCCAAGCAAGCUCGUUCAGCACAAUAAACGCCUACGCAGAGAUCAUCGUCACCAGUACCAAGGUGAACGUCACUCCAUCGAUCGUAGUAAUGGCAAUGUGUUUCGCUACAGUUGUUGCUGGCUCUAUCACCAUCUUAUUGGUAGAUAGAUUUGGUCGGAAGAAUCUGCUAAUACUUUCCUGCAUCGGCGUCACCGUUUCAUUCAUUGCUCUUGGUCUUCACUUCUAUUUCCUUUCUUUGAAUUUUGAUCCUGAAAAACUGACAUGGUUGCCAAUUACAUCAUUGCUAUCCUUUAAUCUAUUCGUGUCUUGUGGUCUAACCACGGUGCCUAGUACUCUUGUAGGUGAAAUGUUCCCAGCAAAUCUUAAGAAUCUAGCAUCUCUUUGCAUUUUUUCGAGCAAUGCUCUGUUUUCCUUCAUAGUUGUCAAGAGUUACCAACCUUUUGUUAAUUUAGUCGGACAAACAAUCGUCUUUUGGAGUUUUGGACUUUUCGUAUUUGGAGCGGUGCCCUAUGUGCGGUAUUUGAUCCCCGAAACGACAGGCAAAAGCUUACUAGAAAUUCAACGAUCCAUUAAAAAAUAAAACAACGUAAUAAAUAAACAAAAGAGGGCUACGAGCCUCACAAGGUUGAUGUUUAAUAAUCUAUCUUAGAUAUACAUA